UUGGUUAGCUCUUAGAAAGUCUUUCAUGUGAUACAUUCAAACAAAUCUGUUUGAGAACAAGAACACAAAUUCUAGUAAUAAGCAUUCUGCAACAUAUAGAUAGUAUAGCUUUAUAAAUCACAUGAUUUCUGAAUGGAGUAUUGGUAGGUUGGUAGAUGGAAAAAGUCAUAAUCAUUUCCCAAAAAAUUGGCCUCCAACAAUGACCCAUUCACACAUACCAAAACCCCUAUUUUAAGCACAAAUAUGAAGUAUGAAUUUUUUUUUUACUAAUUAGACACUUCCAGUAAUUUUCUGAUUAGUAAAAUAUGAAAAGGGUUAACUACUGUUUUUUUUUUUUUUGUUAACGAAGGUUUUGUAUUAUGGAAUAUGAUCAUGUGUUUUUUAUGGAGGAUUCUCACCAGUUUGCUUCCUCUUAAGUCUAAUUUUCCUCUAUAUAUAUUUUCAAAUACUCUCUCUUUCUUAUACAUUAACUUAUAUAAGCAGAUUUGUUUUGUACAUUGAUUCUGAGCUCUGCAACUUCUGUGAUCAAAGCUUCAAUGGAAGGCUUAGCUAUCAGAGCAUCGCGACCGUCCAUCUUCUGCUCUCUUCCAGGUCUCGGCGGCCAUUCUCAGCGACAACCUCUAAGUGACGGUUUCCUCAGGCUGCCGGCGUCGUCUAAUGCAACGGUUAACACAAACUUAGUCGCGAGUUCUGUUUCUUUUCAUCCACUCUCCGCCGUCAAUGUGUCUUCACAAGCUUCCCUCACCGCCGAUGUCCCCGCCCUUUCAGACAACAUCGUGUGGCACGAGAGUUCCAUUUGCAGAUGCGACCGACAACAACUUCUUCAACAAAAGGGUUGUGUCAUCUGGAUCACUGGUCUCAGCGGUUCAGGGAAAAGCACUGUUGCAUGUGCGCUAAGUAAAGCAUUGUUUGAAAGAGGCAAACUUACUUACACACUCGACGGCGACAAUGUACGCCAUGGCCUUAACCGAGACCUCACUUUCAAAGCUGAGGAUCGUACCGAAAACAUACGCAGGAUCGGUGAGGUGGCUAAGCUGUUUGCUGAUGUUGGAGUCAUUUGUAUAGCAAGUUUGAUUUCUCCAUACCGGAGAGACAGAGACGCGUGCCGCUCGCUGUUACCCGAAGGCGACUUCGUGGAGGUUUACAUGGACGUUCCUCUGUCUGUGUGCGAGUCAAGAGAUCCAAAGGGGUUGUACAAGCUCGCACGUGCCGGGAAGAUCAAAGGUUUUACUGGAAUCGAUGACCCUUACGAGGCGCCAUUGAAUUGCGAGGUCGUGCUGAAACACACCGACGUCUCUUGUUCGCCACGUCAGAUGGCUGAAAACAUCAUCUCUUACUUGCAAGACAAAGGUUACCUUGAAGGCUAAUUAGUCAAAUCUGAAAAAUCAAAGAGAAAAAAAAACAAUUAGAUUUUGUAAUGGUUAAAUGAUUGCUCUCUCUGGUUCUCUCGUAAGCUUGAGACGUGAUAUACGACAGUGUCUCGCUUGUCAUACUAUCAUUUGUGAAUUGUGUUAAACUCGAGAUCCAGAGGAAGGGAACAUAUAUAUUUCUAAUUUAGUUACUUAAUUAAUAAAGAGAUGUUUAUCACUUAUUGUUACUGAUUAUGUUGUAUACUUUUUUACUGUGUUGUAUACUUUGUAAUUUGUAUUACUAAUAAAAUGAUUUUCUCUGUAA